ACCUCCAUUAGAUCUAGGUCAUUAACCCACUUCAAUGACAAAUGAGACUGUCGUUAACAAAAAAUAAAAAAUCAAAUAUCCAAGAGGCAACCACACACACAAUACAACUCUGUCUCCCAAAUGACGCAUUUAAUCCCAGACUUCACGCAGGGGGGAUUGAGUGGGUCUGUCUGUUGUAAUCUUGGGGCCCACCCGUGUGUGGCAUCAGUUUGGUGCAAGUGGCUGGUGAGAUAGAGGAACAUAUGACGCUGCCGUUCUCUUCACUUCCUGUAAAAUUAGGCUCAACAGAAACAGCUACAUGUGAAACACAGACAAAGCCCCGGGAAAUUAUUUCAGAGGAGUGAGAAAAUGGAUGACUUUUCAUCCACCUCAUGAAGAGUUUUCACCACUGAAUGAGAUGGCAUAGUAGGCUCGAGGCACUGUAACAGCCAGAGGAGCUGCCAUGGACGCCCUGGCUGGACUACAGCUCUCCCCAGUGAAAGACUUUGACCAUAUGGUGGAGGUCAGAGCAGCGAAACGCGAACACCUGCGAGGGCGCAACAACGUGACUUCAUGUCGCAGCCCAACGAGAGAGCUUGACACAAGACUGAUAAAAAAUGUACUGAAAGAAAAGAGGCAUCUGGAAUUUCUGAGGAGGAGAUCAGUGAGCCCAGAGCUGUGUGGUUUGAAGUCUAAGAGGACAAAACCUUCACCAAAGACAUCCUCAAUGAAACAUCACAGUUCAAGCAGCACGUUAGAGACACUGCAAACAAAUAUCCAAACUAUUCCCACCGCCAAUGGACAUCCAAAGAAUAUUUUAUCACCAAACAGGAGCAUAACAGAUGGUCCAAGCACCAGCACAUGGGCUUCAUUAUGGUCAGAGCAGGUAACACUGAUGAGGCAAGAGAAAGGCCAUCCAAGGCCGCAAGCAUCUACAUCCACACUAGUGAUAAAGGACCCAAACCAGCACAGGGCGAAUAGAGAGAAUGGUAUUAAUGCUCAAAAGACAAGCAUCAAAACAUUCAUCCAAACAGAAAAUAUUCACCAAAGAUUCUCCCACCAAACUGAAAAUAUUCUCCACAAAAAGACACUUUGUGAGGUCGGCGUGCAGACAGAGUCUGGCCUUGUCACUGUCAACGAAUCAGAGGUUCAGCGGUUAGCCGACUACUUGCAGGAGGCCCUUUGGAGAGAGGAGGCUGUGAAAAAGAAGCUGGCAGCCCUCCAGGGGACCACGUCAAACCUAUUGAACUCCUCAAAACAACUAUGGACAGAUCGCUGCAGUGAAGAUCUGCUGAGAAACAAGAUCAAGGCUCUGGAGGCGCAGCUGCAAGUCUGCCUGCAGAGGUCCCCAAAAGAUGGAGUGAAGAAACUGGUGCUAAAGAUGGAGAAUCAGAAACUGCUAUAUGAAGAGAAAGCCUUGGUCGCCCUGCAGAAGGCCACGCAGGAGAAAACUGAGGCACUCAGCAAGGCCGAGACACUGCAGGAAUCGCUGAUUACAGCUAAGGUAGAAGAACUGAAGUGGCAGAGCCUGUAUGAGGAGCUGAAGCUGAACUCUCGACAACUCAGGGAGAACCAGCACCUCAGUAAUGAACAGCUGCAACAGCUACAAAGCCAAGUGGAGCUGUGGAGGGCCAGAGAGGCUGAGCUGAGGGAGGAAGUGGUGUCACUACAACAAGAGAAGAAGGAGCUACAGUACAACAUUUGCCUGCUGGAAGAGGACAACCAGAUUUUAAGAGAGGAAAUCCAGCACCUUAGAGAUGGCAGCAAUGAGAGCCAGGACUUCAUGAUGCAGGACUGUCUGACGUCAGUCGAAGCGGAGCCACAGCUGACGCUGAAGAGAGACUCUCAGGUGGAGGAGCAGCUCCGUCACACUCAGGAGAAACUCCGGCUCAAGGAGAGAGAGUGUGAGGAGCUGCAGACGGAGCUACAUGACAUGGAGCAGGAGUGUCAGUCCAGCCAGGCCCGGCUGUCGCAGUGCAGGGACGAGCUCCGGCAGCUCAGCCACCGCCGCAGGAAACCGACGCUGUGUGGCUCCUGGUGGAAGGUGUGUGUGUUCUUCCUUCUUCUCCUCGCUGUGGCAGGAUUUGCCAUGUUGUGGCUGUGGCAUCCUCCUUUCAGGGAGCAAGUUGAAGACCUGUACUCAGACAUAGGAACGCGUGUCGAAGACUAUCUCUUGGAAAUGGCCUCUCCUCAACACUCGGGCUGUUUUAGACCAAUAUGAUAAUGCGAUUGCUGAGGAAUAUAAUUAUUAUUUUUUGUAGUUGUUACCGUUGUUUAAAAUAAGAUUUUUAUUGGAUGUAGUUCACUGAUAUGUUUGUAUUUCAAUAUGAUUUUAGACUUGGGACUUAAAGUGUGUGAUGUAAGAUAGCAUUGUGUUGACUAAUGGAGGAUAUACUGUACAUGUGUGCAGAAAGUUCAAAUACACAUGCAGUGUGAAAAAUGCAGCAGUGUUUGUUUGUGAUGUUUGCAACAGGGAAAACAAGCAAAAAAAACACCAUCAGCUCACAAAAUGGCUGAUGUUAAUGACAUUUUAAGAAACUUUGAGUCCAUAAUAUCAACAGAAUAGUUACGGGUAGAAAAAUAGGACGUAUCCUUUGUAAGGUAAACAACUUAUUUGGUCAACAAUAACACCAUGAAAUAUUAAAAAGCCAUAUAAACAUAAAAAUAAAGAGAAAACAUCCAAGUAAUCCUGUCAGCUCUUGUGGGAAACAUUUGCAUCAGUACUAUGGGGUAUUGGGGAGUUGUUUUAGAUUCAAUGUUGCUCAAAAUGGCUUUAAAAAGAGAGAGUAAGUACACAAUAAGAGAGCUGUUUAGUGUUUUAUAUUAGAAGAAAUAAAAGUACACUCUUACAAGUGUAACUGUUUGUCAUGUUUUCUUUAAAUAAUUGAAACCUUAGUGAGACUAUAGGUACAAAUAAAAGUAAAAAACGAUAUCAUUCAUAUAGAUUGUGUCACUGGUUGGAGUGUAGAGGUCACGGUGCUUUGGGUUAUGUUUAAAUCAAGAUACCCGAGGUCAUGGUUGUGAAGACGGUGUCAAGAGGGACCACACUUAAGAUGGUGAAGAGUCUCUUAGAUGCAACUUGUUGCACUCCAAAAACAUGAUUUGCUGUCUCACCUUCACAGUGGUAUCACUGAUUAGUGAGGAAGCAUCUUCAUCAGCCACUGGCCAGCAUUCAUUGUUGCUUCGCUAAGAUCUCAUCCUACUUAGCAGUGGUGGAAAUUAACUCAGCGCAUUUACUUACUUGAAGUAAAUGUGCUGAGUGUACUUUUUAGGCACUUGUACUUUACUUACUUUAUACUUCUAAUCUACUACAUUUCAGAGGGAAAUGUUGGACUUUUUAAUCCAGUUAGAUACUGCAUACAGUGAGGUAACUGCCUAACAAUAUACAAAGUAGUUAACACUAGCUACACCCCAACCAGCUAGAAUAUUAAAAUGCUACCUAUGCAUUAGCGCAUCAGUUUAAGAUAUUUAGGGGCCAUUUUUCCACAGAUCAAGUAUCUUUACUUUUUU